AUGUUACGAAAGCCGUGUUUGCGUCGUCUCUCCCCGGCAGCCAUGUCUGUGAACGAGAGGCUUUAUAACUGUGAAGAUGCAGAUGUGUGGAGAGCGGUCCGGGGAAAAUACUGGACUGUAGUGGAAGCCAAGUCAGCUGUGAAGGGGAGAACAUCUGGAAAACUCUUGGCUCUGGACAGAUGGUUUCAGGAGGAUCUUCCAGCAGCGAUCUCUGCCCGAUCCGAGCGUUUCCUCACACACGCUGAGCUCGUCAAGAUCAUGGAGUGGAAGCUGACUAAAGGGAAGUUCAGGCCUCGCUUGCAGCAGCUGAUCGGCUCAAACGGCGACGAGGCGGUUCGAAGCGUCACCAGCGAGGCUUUUGGUUUGCUGCCUGACGUCCAAGCGGCGAUUACAGAGCUGUGCAAACUCAAAGGAGUCGGGCCAGCGACGGCUUCAGCCGUGCUGGCGGCCGGAGCUCCGGGGGAAGUGGCCUUCAUGGCCGAUGAAGCAGUGGAGAGCAUCGCUGAGCUCAGACCGGUCGAGUACACGGCCAAACAUUAUGCGCUCUUCCUCCAGAAGAUGCUGAACAAAACCUCCCAGCUUAACAAAGCGGACGGCCGGCCGGACUGGACUCCUCACAGGGUGGAGCAGUGUUUGUGGGCCUGGGUCGUGGCCAAUCAGAUUCAGCCCUCGUUGUUACAGGAGUGCGGUCUGACGGGUGCAGCACACGCUGGGGCCAAUCGGAAGCCGGAGAAGAGGAAGACCGCUGACGAAGAGCCCUCGAAGAGACAGAAGACGAAGAGAUCCUGAAGAGCAGUUAUUAUCUGGAUAAUGUUAUAUUUAGCAAAAUGGGUCUUUUUGAGAUAAUAGUCUAAGAUCACGAUGCACUUCACGGUUGCUUUUCUGAAUUUGUAAUUGUUUAUGUAUUAAUACUUUAAUAAAUCAAUAAAACCUUUGUAAAGAUUACAACCA